GGGGGGGGUGACCGCAUCGACAAGGCUGUCCAACAAAAAACUCACACAGGGUCGUCCUGCUAUAUCAAAAAAAUGGUGAAGAUUAAUAUUUGCCCUUCCACAACUAGUACUCUCUUUAUCCCAAUCUCUCUCUCUCUCUCUCUCUACCCGUUCCUCUGCCCCACCUCUAUCCGCGGCCUUUCUCGAUCCAAUCCUCUUUCUGUCGUCUCCCUCUUCUCUUCUUACCUCUACCUAUUUCUUUCCUUUGCUUUUCUUUUCUCCAUUUGUUGGUUCCUUACAGGGGCGUCUGGCUUCGAAGUUUUCUUCCCGCUACGAGGUAACGUUUCGAUUGCGGAAGCUUUUCUGUGCGAAUUUUUCAAUUUAUGUGCGGUCUUUUCCUGUGGCAUAUCCAUUUUAGACGUAGUGCAGUACAUUGCAUUGUGGGCCUACUCAAUUUCAUUGUGUGAGUAGCAGCAGCAUUAACCUGGGCUACAACAUCCAUUUUUAACCUAAUGGAAGAGUUUGUUAGUCCGCGCUUUGAUGGUAUUGGGAAUGCUGUAACAAUAAGAAAAAAGAGGAGCCAAACAUUCCGUCGCCCUCGACCUGAUUCACAGUUAAUUACUGAAAGGCAUGAUCAUUCAACCUCCUCGUCAACACCGCCUUCAGAUGAUGUGAGUAAGCUCUCCAGUGAUGAGAAUGGGGGUUAUGACACCAUUUCUAGGCGGAAAGAGUUCAAUCUUAAUCAUUGUGCAUCUAGAGCUGUUUCUUCUAGCAAAGUAGAAGAUGAAAAAACUGAUAGAAACAUUAAAGGGGAGGAUGGAGGGUUGAAAGCCUUGUACAGCAAUGGUGGUUUGAGAGAUGGCACUGAGCAGAGACAAAGUUCAAAUAAAAAACGUUGUAGUGAAGGUGUCCUUGCCCCUGCUAAUUGGAAAAGCACAAACAAGAUGAAGAAAAGUUUGGAAUCGCUGUCAAAAAAUGUAGAUAUUAGUGGAAACAAUUAUGAAAAUCAGAGUUUUAGGCAGUCAGAUAUUCAUUUUGAUGGAUCAGGAAAUGAAAGCAAGGUUAAAAAAGUAAAACUUAAGGUUGGUGGGGUUACGCGUACUAUUCAAGCCAACUGUACAAAUAAUGGUGCUAUGGGGGAUGGAUCUUCCAGAAAGAGUUCUAAAUCUUCAGACGCUUCACAUGUGCAGCAGAAGCUGAUUUCUCAGGAGAAUUCAGACGAUAACCAUUCCCCUCUUUCAAAUAAAAGAAGUGGCUUGCAGGGAAUACCAUGGAAGGAUUUCUCAAGAGUUGGUUUUAAUCUUGGGAAAGAGGAUUCUUUGAUGGGGAGGAUAAAAAAUGGAGACAAGUUGGAGCCAGUUCGUAAGAGCAAGCGGGUCCCUAAGAGGCGCAUAAUGGAUGGGGCAUUUGAUGAUGACGAUGACGAGGAUGAUGAGAUCCGGUACCUGGAGAAGCUAAAGACAUCAAAACUUACUGCAGUGUAUAAAGAUGAUGAGGAAGAAUUAAACAAAAAACAGCGAAGGGUAUCUAGGGUUUCAAGGACGGUUGAGGGGAAGCAUGAUGAUAAAUCGAACGAUAUUUCAAGGUUGGGCAAAGAAAGUAAGAAGUCUAGGUCAGUUGAUGUAUCUGAGGAUACAGAUUAUGAGGAAGAAGAUGAUCCAGUGUCUGAUUGUGAACUUGAAGGUAAAAAUAGGAGGAAGAGACCAAGGAAAGAAUCUGUUGAAGUUUUGAUGGAAGGUAAGAGGGAAAUGACUCUAACGACGCGUCAGCGGGCCCUUCAGUCCGGCAAAGAUGCUUCUGCACCUGGUGCAAGCUUGAUCGAGUUUCCAAAUGGGUUGCCUAAUGCCCCGUCUAGAAAGCAAAAGGAGAAACUCUCUGAAGUGGAGCAGCAACUAAAGAAGGCUGAGGCUGCUCAGAGACGUAGAAUGCAAGUUGAGAAGGCAGCUAGGGAAUCUGAGGCUGAAGCAAUUAGAAAAAUACUCGGUCAAGAUUCCAGUAGGAAGAAGCGGGAAGAUAAAAUGAAGAAGCGCCGGGAAGAAUUGGCUCAGGAGAAGGCUGCCAAUGCUCUAACGCUUGCAUCAAACACGGUCAGAUGGGUUAUGGGUCCUACUGGCACUACUGUGACAUUCCCCAAAGAUAUGGGCCUGCCUAGUAUAUUUGAUUCCAAACCUUGCAGUUACCCUCCUCCACGUGAAAAAUGUGCCGGUCCAUCUUGUACUAAUCCGUACAAAUAUCGAGAUUCUAAGUCAAAGCUCCCUCUUUGCAGUCUUCAAUGCUAUAAGGCAAUUCAGGGAAGGGUUUCAGGCUGAAGGUACCUGCUUAAUCGCAACAUGUCUUGCCCCGGUGGUACAUGCUGUUCUGGUAAUUGAAAUAACGAUGGCCCAAGUGCCUGUGCAAAUGCAUCAAGAUGGUAGAACUCAAUUGGAUUUGUUUUGAGGUGGGUUUGCAUGUUAAAUACUCAGUAGCACUUGUCCGCUCUGGUAGUUAAUCAUUGAUCCCAGUCAUUGGAUUCUGAAAGAUCCUGACUAGCAACAAGUGAGUAGAACUCAUGCUUGAUGGCACUUGCUGAAUUAUUAUUACUUAUUGCAUUGAUUGUUAAUAAUAACAGGAGAUUCAAAGGAAUUAUAAGCUUUUCUUGUGUUUUUCUUCAAGCGUUGAAGUUGAAAUGAAUAUUAUUUAUAAUCAGGUGUUUUAUAAUUAUCAGCA